GAGAGGGCUCAAGCCAAGGGGGCGGGGCGAGUGGGGCUGAGGCGCCAUUUUUAAACAGCCGAAGUAAGCGAGAGGCGGUUGAGGCGAAGGAAGGAGCCUGAAAAGGGAAGGCAGGAGAGGAGCCCAUACUACCCUUACUCCCUUCCGGCCUGGGAUCUCCAGAUGGCAUAGAUGAUUCUCCAUCUCAUUUUUAUCUGCACGACGGCCUUGGGAGGUAAUUUGUCCUCUAGGGAUGCCAACUGGAGAGAAAGCCGUCUCUAUGACAGUAGCAGGCUUGUGCUGACAACGAUUUUGCUUGGUUGUCAUCUCAUUCACUUCCUGUCAGAAUGGAUACCUUGCCAAACAUCCUUUCUUCAGUGGGUGGAAAUGCUGAUGUUGCUAGCUCACAUGCGGAAGUGCAGAAACUGUUAAUUGAUGAGAGGAUACGAUGUGAACAUCAUAAAACUAAUUAUCAAACUCUAAAAGCAGAACAUACAAGGUUACUCGAUGAAUAUACGAAAUUGCAAAAUGAGCUCAAACAGCUGUUGCAUGAAAAACAAACUAUUCACGAAAAAUUUCAGCUUCUGCUUGCUGAACUCAGAGAGGAACUAUUGUCCAAAACUAGAGAAAUAGAGGAAUUAAAGAUGCAGGUCAUAACUCCACAGAAGCUUGAAUUGUUGAAAGCACAAAUACAGCAAGACUUAGAAACACCUAUGAGAGAACGCUUUCGAAAGCUGGAUGAAGAAGUAGAAAAAUACAGAGCAGAAUAUAACAAACUUCGAUAUGAACAUACUUUCGUGAAAUCAGAGUUUGAACAUCAGAGAGAAGAACAUGCUCGUAUUUUAGAAGAGAAUAAAUUAAAAUAUGAAUCUGAGAUAACACGACUAGAUAAAGACAAAGAAGAACUGCGUAAUCAGCUACUCAGUGUUGAUCCUACAAGAGAUAACAAACGUAUGGAAGCUCUGUUAAGGGAGAAGACCCAACUGCUGCAGAAAGUAAAGGGCUUAGAAGCUGAAGUAGUAGAAAUUAGAGCCCAGAGGGAAGACUCUAGUGUUCAAGCAGACAAUGUGCAGAGGUUGCAGCAGCGACAGCUGGCUGAGAUGCAAGGGACCGUCAGAUCCCUGGAGGCAGAAAAACAGUCGGUUAAGCUGCUUCUUGAGCGUGUUGAAAAGGAGCUGCAAAUGAGCAAUGAGCAAAAUACCCUCUUAACAGGCAAGCUGCAUAAAGCAGAACGAGAGAUCAAUGGCUUGACUACUAAAGUCGAAGAACUUAAGCAUUCACACAAGUUAGAAGUAACAAACAUCAAGUUGGAAUCAGCGAAAGCUAGGAGCGAGAUAGAAAGAGAAAGAAACAAGAUUCGAAGUGAAAUGGAUGGGUUGCGUUCUGAUAAUGAAAUACUUAAGACAACACUUGAGCGGCACAAAGUUAUACUAACAGAAAAGGAUCGUGAAUUAAUACGCAAAGUGCAAGCUGCAAAAGAAGAAGAAUUCCAGAAACUUGCACUAUUGCAGGAGGAAAAAUUAGAACUUGAGGCUACAUUGGCUGAACUAAAGAAAGAAAAAUUAGAGCAAGAUACUCAGAAGCAAUCACAAAAGGAUCAAUAUGAAAAAAAGCUAUCCACUAUGCAGUUGGCAGAAGAGUCUAGCAGAAGAGAGAUCCAGAAUCUUAGAUUAAAACUUCAACAGCAAGCUUCAAAUUCUGAGGAGCUAGAAAGAGAAAGAAGUGAAAAUGCAGAUCUAAAGCAGCGCAGCCAUGAUUUGCAGCUCCAAGUGGCUUCCCUUUCACAGUCAGAGAAUGACUUGCUAGAGUCCAAUCAGAAACUCAAGGAACUGCUGGAGAGAUUAAAACACGAAUGCCGGAAUGCACGAAAUCAAGCAGAAAGGGCUCAGUUAGAUUCAGAGAAACAUUUGGAAGAAAAGCGUGUAGAAUGGUUAGAAGAAAAACACAAACUAAUUCAACAUGCCACAGAGAUGGAGGAGAAAUAUAACCAGACAAGAGAAAAAUUGCAAAGAGCAGCAGCUGCUCAGAAAAAGAGAAAGACUCUUAAUGACAAUAAGCAAAAGAAAUUGAUGAAGAAGAUAGAACUUUUAGAAGCCAAGAGAGAAGAGCUGGAAACGGAAAACCAGGUGCUAAAUAGGCAGAAUGUUCCUUUUGAAGAACACAUUCGCCUUCAGAAAAGGCUGAAGGAUUUGCAGCGGAGACAUAAUGAAUUCCGGAGGUUAAUUCUAUUUCCCAACAUUCCAGUUUUGAAUCCCAUCAGCCUGCUCUCAUCCACUUUGAUUCCUGGACCAGAAGCAUCCUUUCCAUUUCUGCAGCCAUAUUAAUAUGCUUAGAGCAGCCUUUCUCAACUUCUUUGCAGCCCCCAAAGUUGCCCUGGAGCUCCAAGGUGCAUCCUAUUUUUUUUUUAAAGACUGGGCAAUUUGUGUAACUCCCAAUAGUUUAAGAAUACUGCAGAAUUUAACGAUUUGGCCCAGGAAACCCACCCAUCUGCAUAUGUAGAGAGCCAGUUUGAACUAUAAGAGAGUGAUGCAGCAUCAUUGGAUGGACUGGGUUCAGUCAGCCAUCCUGGCUGAGAGACAUCAGAGUGUCUUGGAGAUUACACGGACCAAUCACUAAGACUCUCCUGUUUAUUAUACAUUUAUUGUGAUUCUGCACACUCAAAUUCCUAAACUAGAGAGAUUGUUGUAGCUUUUUCAGUGGAGACAAUUUGCCACACUAAACAUUUUAUCACCGACUUUUCCUGAAGAAAAAUAAAGAGGGGAAAACCCCUGUAUUUGUAAAAUACAUAUUGACAAGCUCCUCCAAUUUGCUUUAUAUUUACAAAGGCAUUUUUUUCCUCAAAACAAUACAUAAAUUUCACAGAUACAGUUAGACUUGCCAAUAUGAGCAAGAUCUUUAUACUCCAGUAUUGGAGAAAACAGAAAAAUAAACAGACCCAUUUUCUUCCUCAUUCUUAAAACUAUCCAUUUAGAUUUUCUAAAUCACAAAAUACUUGCAAGCCAACAUCUUUUCCUAGAGAAAAAUGGUAAUGGCUUGAUGCAGUUUGGCUUUUGUGUUGACACUUAUCAGGUAAUAGCGCUGUACUUCCUGGAAGAGUGAUGUGACAUGAAUCAGGUAUAAUGUUUACAUUACAUGAGGUACCUGCAAACCUACAUAUAACACUUAAGGUAAGAAUUUUACCCUUUGCGUAGUUUCCUUUUCAGAUUUAUAAAUUAUUUUUGCAAACACCUGUAGGCACAAGAAAGUAAAAAUAGGAACACCAUUCUUAGCUGUGAAAAUAACAUGGACAACAUUUCUCUAAGACCAACACUGUGAAAAGGAAUGUCUUUUGCCAGUUUGAAACUGACACUGUUUUGCACCUUGUUUUACAAGCUUCCCAGAGUCGGCUGCUCCUGAAGGUCUUGGCACAGGAUACAGUCACCUGGGAUAGAUUUGUGCUUAUGCAGCUCUUAUAGCAAAGAACUAGGUCAUAAAGGACACUGUUUAGGCAAAUUGGCUUACACAACUUCUCUCUGGAAAUGAACUGUGAGCAAGUUGCUUCAUAUACAGUUUUUUACUAUGGCCCUUUUGUGAAAACAAUAAAAAAGUGGUAAAAGUA